CCUGCAAGGCCAGGGCGAUGGACCCCACCUCGGAGCCCCGCUCCCAGCCGGCCUUCCGCACGGCCCCCCCGCCAGACAGGUCUUCCGUCGUGAAGCUGAACGUGGGGGGCGAGAUCUACACCACUACCGUGGGCACCCUGAUAAGAAUCCCGGACUCAAGGCUGGCAAAAAUGUUCUUCACCUUAGCCACGGCCAGCACCGAUACGGAUGAGGAGGGCCGCCUCUUCAUCGAUCGCUCCAGCACCUAUUUCGGCGCCAUCCUCGAUUACCUGCGCAGCGGGCAGCUGCCCACGCAGCACAUCCGCGAGGUGUACCGUGAGGCUCAGUUCUUCGAAAUUUGGCCUUUAGUCAAGCAGCUGGAGGAUAUGCCCCAGAUCUUUAGUGAGCAGGUGGCUCGGAAGCAGUUCUUGCUGCAGGUGCCAAAUUACAGGGAGAACCUGGAGCUCAUGGUGCGCCUGGCGCGCGCCGAGGCCAUGGCCGCGCGCCACUCCCACGUGCUGGUGUGCGCGGUGCGCACGGAAGAAGACGCCGCACACUGCGCGGAUUCCCUGCGCGCCCUGGAGGCUGACAAGAGGCUGGUCGUCAAGUUCGGGCCUUGGAAGGCACCCCCGGUCAUCAGGGACCUCCUGGACUCCGUGCGGAUGGACAUUGAGGCUCAGGGGUACCAGGUAGCCUAUGACUCCUGUUCCAAGAAGACGUUCCAGCCAAAGGCCGGGGCCCAAGAAUACUUCUACACGUUCCAGUUCACCUGGUGGUGAUUGCCAGGGGCGGUGGCUGUUUGUUACGGGCUCUGGUGGGGCUUAUGAAGUUAAAAGUUGCUUUCGAAAGUCAUAUUACUUUAAAAUAAAAAAUAAACAUCAAA